CAGACAGGGAGAACCUCAAACUCAAACUGUGAAAUAACCCAUCCAUCACACACUAACGUUAUCUCCAACAAGAAUAUAAUUUUUGUUGUUGUCUGGUCAUGUCGUUCAAAGUUGCGGCAGUGGCGGAGAAACUGCCGGAGGUGGUGGUGAGGCAGUACGAGGAGGAGAGAGACAAGGUGGCGGUGGAGGAGCUAGAGUCACAGUGCGAGGUCGGGCAAGAGGGGAAGCCCCGCCUUGUCAUUGACCUCUUGGAUGAUCCUAUUGGCCGCGUUCGAAAUGCUCCGUUACAUGUCAUGAUGGUUGCGGAGCAUGGGAUAUCGAAAGAAAUCGUUGGAGUUAUAAGAGGUUCUAUUAGAAGUGUGAGCCGAGGACAGAAGGGCAAGAAUGAUAAUUCUACAGAUUAUGUCGACGUUGCAUAUAUCCUUGGCCUAAGGGUUUCAUCACAACACAGGCGGCUAGGGAUCGGAACAAAGCUUGUCCAAAGCUUAGAAAAUUGGGGUAGAAGCAAUGGAGCUGAUUAUAUUUACAUGGCCACAGAUUGCAGCAAUCAAGCAUCCAUAAACCUGUUCACCGGAACAUUGAACUACGUUAAAUUCCGAACCCCAUCGGUCUUAGUACAGCCCGUUCACCGUCACAAGAAGCCGAUAGGCUCCGACGUGGCCGUCGUUAGGGUUCCGCCGCAGCUGGCCGAGUCCUAUUACCGGCGAAAUUUCGACGGCUCAUCGGAGUUCUUCCCCAAGGACAUUAACCUGGUUCUCAACAACAAACUAAACCUGGGCACUUUCAUGGCCGUCCCCAAAGAAAGCCUCUCAACCUGGGAGCCCGACAGCGGGGUUUUCCCGACCAAUCAUGCGAUACUAAGCAUAUGGGACGCUAAGGAAGUGUACAAGGUUCAAGUGAAGGGUUUGUCGGCGUUGAAACAAGCUUGCUUUUUGGGAACUAGGGUUUUGGACAGGUUGAUCCCAUGGAUAAGGUUGCCUUCUGUCCCCAAUGUGUCCAAGAAUUUUGGGUAUUAUUUCUUGUUCGGGCUUCGCAUGGAAGGCCAGAGUGGUUCGGAGAUGAUGGAAUCGUUGUGGGCGUUCGCCCACAACGUGGCUAGAAACGACCGACGAGGUUGCGAGUUGUUGAUAGCGGAGGUUAGCCCGGAUGACCCUGUCCGAAGGGGAAUCCCGCACUGGAAGAAUUUUUCGUGGCAAGAUUUGUGGUGCAUCAAACACUUGAAUUUAGUUGGGGAUAAUAAUAAUAAUAAUAAGGCGGCUAACAUCGUACAUGAUUCUUCGGAGGAUUCGAUUAUGUACCAUGAUUCUUCUGCUCUCAUUUUUGUUGAUCCUCGCGACAUUUGACGACGGUUUUUAUUUAUUUCAUUUGCAUGCUGCAAUUUGUAUACUUCUAUAAUAUAUUUUAAGUCAAUUU